AUGGAAGGAGAAAACCAAACAGCUCUGUCCGAAUUCAUCAUCAUGGGAUUCUCCAACCUAAAUGAUUUGCAAUUUUUACUCUUUGCCAUAUUCCUUAUGAUCUAUCUCUGUACUCUGGGAGGAAAUAUCUUCAUCAUUUUGGUUACCAUAGCUGAUCCCCGACUACAUACCCCCAUGUAUUUUUUUCUGAGGAAUUUGGCCUUUCUUGACAUCUGCUAUACCACCACCAAUGUCCCCCAGAUGAUGGUGCAUCUCCUGUCAGAGAAUAAGCACAUUUCCUAUGGGGGCUGUGUGACUCAACUUUUUGCUUUCCUCUUCUUUGUGGGGGUAGAGUGUCUUUUGUUGGCAGCAAUGGCAUACGACCGUUACAUUGCAAUUUGUAAACCUUUAAGAUAUUCAUUAAUUAUGAAUAAGACCUUGUAUAGCCAGUUGGUAGCCUUCUGCUGGAUUAGUGGUUUUCUCAACUCAGUGGUGCACACUGUGCUGACCUUCCACCUGCCCUUCUGUGGCAAUAACCAGAUUAAUUAUUUCUUCUGUGACAUUCCCCCUUUGUUGGUCUUGUCUUGCGGAGAUACAUCUGUCAAUGAGCUGGUGAUACGCAUCAUUGGGGUCUUCAUUGGAUGGGCUCCUUUCCUGGGUAUCCUUAUUUCCUAUCUUUAUAUUAUCUCUGCUAUCUUAAAAAUUCGCUCUUCAGAGGGGAGGCAAAAGGCCUUUUCUACAUGUGCCUCCCACCUGGUCAUUGUCCUUCUCUACUAUGGUAGUUCCAUCUUUACAUAUGUACGGCCCAUCUCAUCUUACUCAUUGUCAAAAGACCGACUGAUUUCAGUACUGUACAGUGUUGUCACC